AUGAUUUUCUCGAUAGAACCAGACGCAGAACAAAAUCAAAUUGAAAAUGAUUACAAACCACUAACCAUGUCCGAUGCAAAUCAUUUUCAAAAUGAGAUUACGACAAGUACAAAUAGUAACGAUGCAAAUGCGGGAAUGGGUCGAUCAGUUAGUAGUGCACGUUUUCAAAUAGCGAAAGUAUCGGAUAACGACACAAAUGGUCAGGAAUCUUUAGGAAAAGCGACUAGUAUUCCAAAUAGUUUAUCGUCAGCUGCCCAACCGUCGGCAAUUCCAAGUCAUAAGAAAAUCAAAAUUUUAAUUGGUGCUGAUGAUGAUAGUGAACAUAGUAGCACAACGUCUGGUUUACUUCAACCACAGAUUAACAUUACUUUCAGUCCUCCGCCAAUUGACGAUCACCAGAAAGAGCCAUGUGCUUAUGAUACUAUUGAUGCAUUACCUCACAUUGAUCAUUAUCGUAAUCUAUUUUCGAUCACAUCACCUGAGUCAAAAACUCGACCAACGCUCGAAGCUUUACAUGAAACAACGAAUAAUUCAUCAAAACUUCGACUAGGAUCGACGAUUGAUCUGAAUAGUGAGAUGGUGAGUACACUGAUGCCACAAAUGGAUCAACCAUCACAAAUGGAUACUAAACCGAAAAUUGAAGUUGUUAAAUUUGGUUGGAUCGUUGGGGUUCUUAUUCGCUGUGUAUUGAAUAUAUUUGGUGUUAUGCUCUUUCUUCGUUUAUCAUGGGUUACUGGCCAGGCUGGUAUCGGAUUAGCGUGUGUUAUUGUUAUUGUUUCUACAGCAGUUACAGUUAUAACAGCUAUUUCAAUGAGUGCUAUUUGCACAAAUGGCGAAGUGAAAGGCGGUGGAACGUAUUAUCUCAUAUCGCGUAGUCUUGGACCUGAAUUUGGUGGUGCUAUUGGUUUAAUCUUUUCAUUUGCUAAUGCAGUGGCUGCUGCAAUGUAUACAAUUGGGUUUGCAGAAACUGUUCGUGAUAUUCUCAGAGAAAACAAUGUGAAAAUUUUCGGUAUUAUUAUCGAAGGUGAUUCUGUUAAUGUCGUUCGAAUCAUUGGUGUUAUUACAAUGACAGUUGUACUAUGCAUUGCGUUAAUCGGUAUGCGGGGUGAAACGGUGGUACAAAUCACAUUAUUAAUAACACUAUCAGCAUCUUUAAUCAACUUCUUCAUCGGAUCUAUUUUACCGCCGACAGCUUAUAAACGACGACAUGGCUUUGAAGGAUAUUCAUGGAAAAUCGUGAAAGAAAAUUUUGGACCUAACUUUACAAAUGGUGAAACAUUCCAAAAUGUUUUUGGAGUCUUUUUUCCUUCAGUUACUGGCAUUCUCGCUGGAGCAAAUAUAUCUGGCAAUUUAAAAAAUCCAUCCAAAGCCAUUCCACUCGGGACAAAUGUUGCCAUAGCUUUUACUUCGAUCGUUUAUCUCACUUUUUGUAUUGUCUCGGGUUGUACAACCAGACGAGAUGUUGAUUUACCUUUCUAUGAACGAAAAAAUGGUAGUAUCAUACAAAUAGUCAACUGUAGUUUAGUUUCUGAUGAUAAAAACUGUAAAUCAGGCUUAAUUUACAAUUAUCAAACAAUGAGGAUGAUCUCAGCCUAUGGUCCAAUCAUCAUCGCUGGCAUCUUCGCUGCGACAUUAUCAAGUGCGUUAGCGAGUCUUGUUGGUGCUCCGAAGGUAUUUCAAGCUGUAUGUCGUGAUAUGAUCUUUCCUCGAUUGAAAUAUUUCUCUGUUGGGAAUGGUAAAACAGAUGAACCACAUCGCGCUUAUUUCUUAACAUAUUUCAUCGCUCUUCUAUUUACGGCUAUUGGUGAAUUGAAUGUUAUUGCACCGAUUAUCUCUAAUUUCUUUCUCAUGACGUAUGCACUUGUUAACUACUCGUGCUUUGAUGCAUCGUUGGCUACAGCGAGCGGUUGGAGACCUGCUUUUCGAUAUUAUAACAAGUGGCUAGCGUUGACUGGUGCAUUGUUAUGUGUUGCGGUAAUGUUUAUCAUCAACUGGUGGGCAGCGUUGAUAACAUUAGUGAUUAGCAGUGGCAUAUUUCUCUAUGUUCGAACAACGAAACCAGAAAUUAAUUGGGGCUCCUCGGUACAAGCUCAUACUUAUCGUCGGGCGUUGGAUGCGACAUUGAAAUUGAGAAGUGUCCAAGAACAUGUGAAGAAUUUUCGACCACAGAUAUUAGUAUUAACCGGAAAUCCUAUUUGUCGACCGGCAUUAGUUGAUCUAGGAACAUCAGUAACUCACGGCCAUAGCUUAAUGAUUUGUGGAAAUGUUGUUUUGAAUGAUCCAUCAGUGAAUAUUAAACUGUAUGAUCAAAGAGAACAUGGAGAAGCUUGGUUAAAAAAACGAAAUUCCAAAGCUUUCUAUCAACCAGUUGUUGCCUCGACUCUCCGACAAGGAACCAUGGCAUUAUUACAGUGCGUCGGUGUAGGCAAGAUGCGACCCAAUGUCGUUUUCCUUGGUUUUAAAAAUGAUUGGACUACAAUACCUGAAGCAACUAUCGACUAUUUCAAUAUCAUUCAUGAUGCACUGGAUCUGAAAUAUGCUGUAGGAAUUCUUCGUCUUCAAACAGGACUUGAUUUUAGUGAUUUUUUUGGGCCUGGUAACUACGAAACAUUCGAUCAAACUUCGAUUGUCUUUUCCUUCUUCGUAGAUCUACCCGGAGAUCCCGAUGACGAUGAAGCUAGUGACGAUGAAGAUAAAAACGACGACAUCAUCUCAUCGAGUGCGUUACGGAGUGGUGCACGUUCAGCAACGCCGCAUCAAACCGACGUGUUGAUGUUAAAAAAUACAAUCUUAAACAAAGGUGCUCUAGUAACUAUGAAUGUAUUCCAUCCUAAACAUUCAUCUACAACGAUUAUCGAUGUUUGGUGGCUAUUCGAUGAUGGCGGUUUAACAUUAUUGUUACCUUAUCUAUUACGACGACGAAAGCGUUGGCGUAAUUGUCGAUUUCGUAUAUUUUCGUGCAUUUCAGGUGAAAAAACUGAAGCUGAAAAACAACAUCUAUCGAUGGCAUCAUUAUUAGCUAAAUUUCGAAUCAAUUACUCGGAUUUGCACGUUCUCCAUGGAUUGAAUAAGUCACCCAGUGAAGCUGAAUGCGAGAGAUUCCAACAAACUUUGAAAACUUGGAAUCAAAACAAUGAGAAUCAUCUCAUCACUGAUCGAGAAUACGAAGCUAACAAAGAUAAAAUCAAACGUGGUCUGAAAUUACACGAAUAUCUCUUAGAACAUAGUUCCAAAUCGACUCUCAUCGUUGUCACAUUGCCGAUUCCGCGUAAACAAUCGAUCUCUGCUGGACUGUAUCUUGCUUAUCUAGAUGCAAUUAGUUAUAACAUGCCACCCAUCUUGUUCUUACGUGGUAACCAAAAGAAUGUUCUUACGUAUUAUUCAUAG